AUGACAAAAGAAAUGAAAGAAAUAUACACAGAUUGGUAUAGAAGUAUGCCAUCUCAAAUGGUUGAUGUCAGUGAGUCAUUUGUGGGUAUUGGAAAGAUGAUCAUAAAUGCACAUUCGCUGUACAAAUACAUUGAAGAGAUAUAUAACAUUCAGAGCGACACAUUGCCACUGAAUCUAUUGAGCGUAAUUGCCGAGACAGUGGGACACAGCCUGCAGGCCUCUGGUUUCAAAGACUCAUAUCUAGUGCUAUUCCAGAAGGAGGAGAUUGCGCCAGAGAGAAGGAUAUGCAUGCAGGAGGUAGCAGCGUGCUUGGAGAAAAGCAAGUCUCUCAAAAUCAUCUGGUUCCACUCUCUGCAGGACAAGGAGUUUAAAAGCUUCAUAAAGGAGGAGCACAUCUGCUUGGGAGUAGGAUAUGAUGACAGAGAGUCACUGGUCUUUCUAAAUACCAUUCUGGGGUUCUCUUUAUAUGCAGCAGUGCUGAACAAGGAGACAUUCAGACCGCCCCGGCUGCUUAUGUUUGUGAUCAGCCCUUCCAUGUAUCUGUGGGCAGAGGGCUAUGUAUCGAAAGAGUAUGCGCCACAGAAGGUAGCUGUGGGAUGCGCAGAGGAGGCUGUUAAUAGAGUAAAGGAUGCCGUGCGAGCGCAUCUGGGAGACAAGGAGUAUGAGAGGCUUCAGGAGAGUCUGCAGAAGAAAGACAUUAUAUCGCGAUAUGCGAAGAACAGUGCUCCUGUGAGUAAAGAGAUGGUGCGUGCAGUUAGUGAGGCACUUCAGGAUGCAGCUAUUUGCAGCGUUAAGGAUGUAAUAGAUGGAUGCUUGCUUGCAGAAGACCAGGCGGAAGAGAAACAGAAGCUUGCAGCAGAAGACACAAUCAGCGAGGAGCAGGAGCAAGAAAUUAAGAAAAAUGACUUUAUUCCAACAACAAUGGCGUCUGUGCGGUUUUACAACGAGGAGCAGGAGAGAAGCUUCCGAACGGAGCAGAUGUACAUUGAAAGCCUGAAAAAGAAUGCACAGUCACUGCACGAGGGAAAGCACUUGCACAACCCAAUCACGCUAGUAACAGAGAAAGCAAAAAAGAAGAAGGAGGUGAAAGAAAAGAUAGGAAAGAAGCAGCUGGAGAUCAUAGAGAAAAACAAAAAGCAGAUGGAGCUUGAGGGAAAGAAGAAGGACAUUGCGUUCCUGCGCAGCUUCCUGUCCAAGUACGAGUCGUUUUCAGCCACGUACGAGAAGAGAAGACACUUGGAGUCGUUCCUCGCGCGGGCCCACUCGUCUUUUAUUUGCAGAAAGGUGUAUCUUUUGAGAAUUGAGUUCUACAGCGAGCUGUGGAGUCUUGAGAAGAGAAAGAAGAGGCCAAGUGAGAAGGAUCUUGUCUCUCUGUACAUGGACUGCAUGACUUUUAUUGAGAAGUACAGCAAAGAGGCGUCAAUAGAGGAGCUGCAGUAUGUGAUGCAGGCCAUGCUGGACCAGGGGUUCGGAGCCACUGUUCUGGAGAUGUGCGAGAAGUACCAGAUCAGCUAUGUAAACAAGAGAGACAGCGCGUGCACAAAGAUAUAUAAUGGAAGCGAGCCAGUGAGCGUGCUCUUUGAUCCAGCAACCACAAUGGAGCCAAAUGACUAUGACAUCUCGUUCCUUAUGCGUGCAGCAGGAGACAAGCUGAAGAGGUCACUUGGAUCCAUGCCGGACCCCCGUCUUCUGUUUGAGCCCGACAAGUGGCAGUGGGACCUUCUGGAGAUAGUGGAUAGCAACAGCAGUGCAGUGAUUUGUGCGCCCACCUCAUCAGGUAAGACCUUUAUCUGCUACUACGCAAUGGAAAAGAUCCUUAGGGAAAGCAACGAGGACAUUGUGAUCUUUGUGGCGCCAACUAAGGCUCUUGUGAACCAGGUGGCAGCAGAUGUGUACGCGAGAUUUGGAUCAAAGCCAUACAUCAAGCAGAACAACAUUCUGCAGGGUAUAUGUAUGAGCGACUUCCAGAUAUCGCCCUUCAACUGCCAGAUUCUCAUCACGGUGCCAGAUGUCCUGGAAAAAAUCCUUAGCAUGCCGCCAGAGCAAAGCAAAAAGGCGCAUCCAUAUCUGGACAGAGUGAAGUACAUUGUGAUUGACGAGGUGCACAAGAUCAGCGACAACAAAAUGGGGCCAAGCAUGGAGAAGAUCAUACACUUCAGUCCGUGCGCUCUUCUUCUCCUGAGUGCAACGCUUGGAAAUCUAGACGAGUUCUAUAAGUGGGUGCAGAAGGUGGAGAGCAAAAAGGGCCGAACAUGCCACAAGAUUGAGCACAAAGAGAGGUACUGCGAGAUAAAGAACUACAUCUUUGUUCCCAAGAAGCUCACUACUCUUGAAACCUGCCAUAAGACAACGCGUGCGGCAGGAGAGCAGUCAAUUGCUCCAAUCCACUCGCUGUUCGCAUACUCGUUCCGAGGAAUCAAGGAUGAGGGGUUCAGUGACGAUGUGAACUUCCUGCCAGAGGAGCUGCUGAAUCUAUACUAUGCGAUUUUUGCAGUGCUCAGGAAAGACCAGAAGUCGCUUGUGAAGGAGUUCCGGCCAAAGAGGUUCUUCAAAACAAACUGCAUAACAAAAGGAGAUGUGAAGAAGUACGAGAAACAUGUGAUUAACACAUUCAGGGACAUGAUAAAGACAAAUACACUGGAGCCAGAGCAGGUCACAAAGAUAUACGAGAUUCUCAUCCGAGACGCAAAGGAGGGGUUCCAGAAGAUAGAGGACGGUCUUAAAAAGCAGCUGAAUGCAUACAUUGCAAACACGCCAGUGCCAGGCACCCUUUUGCUUCAGAACAAGGCCAAGCAGCCAGUGUACAGUGCAAAGGAAGACCAGGCACAGGAUGAGGAGAGCCUAGCAAAAGAGAUAUCUGAGAUGGAGCUGAACCCGACAGAGGUGUCUCCAGACAUCCUGCUGUACAACAUAGACUAUCUGUUGGACAACAUUCUCGAUUUGACCGUUGAGCUGGAGGCUGCAAACAAGCUGCCGUGCAUUGUGUUCAACCUUGAGAGAACUGUGUGUAAUGCGCUGGCAAUCCGGCUUUCUGAAGAGCUGGAGAACUUUGAAAAGUGUGCUCCUCCAGCAAUGACCAAGGCAGACCUCAGAGAGAACGAAAAGGUUCUUAAGGAGAUGAGAAGGGCAAGAGAUGCAACUGUUGCAUCAGGAAAGGAUGCAUGGAUCGGAGAGUCCAUGGCAGCAGAGGAAAUAGCAGGAAGAACAAUUGAUCUGAACGCCAAGGACCCUCGGUUCUGCUUCACAGACCCUACAAUAGCUUCCUCUGGUGCAUACCUUCUGGAUGAGUAUGCAAAGUCACUCCGAAAGACAGGGCGAAUUGAUCCACGUCUGAUACAGGCGCUGUAUCGAGGAAUUGGAGUGCACCACAGCGGAAUACCAAAGAAGUACAGAAACAUGGUCGAAAUUCUCUUCCGAAUGAAGCAGCUGCGGGUGGUGUUUGCAACAGACACACUUGCGCUUGGUAUAAACAUGCCGUGCAGAACUGCAGUGUUUGCAGGAGACUCCCUGCAUCUGGACUCAAUGAGCUUUAAGCAGAUGGCAGGAAGAGCUGGGCGAAGAGGAUAUGACACGCAAGGCAAUGUAGUGUUCUUUGGUGUGCCAAAGCAGAAGGUGCGGAGUCUUAUCACAUCGUAUCUGCCGCGCAUUAAGGGAACAUAUCCAUACACAAGUCUUCUUGCAGUGCAGUCUGCCCGACCAACGGUGAAGAGCUCAACAGUGGAGAGCAUUCUCUUGUAUCCUCUUAUGUCGCUCUCCUAUCCCGAGGAGUCCCUAAAAGCAGUGGAUGGAAUGGCCGCUGAAAAAUUCACGCAGAAGAUACUGAAUGCGCAGAAGAAGUAUCUGGUUGACAAAAUGUUCCUUUCGCCAGAGGUUCUCCAAAACAAUGAGCUGGCGGGAGAAAAGUCUGGGUUUGUUAAGAAACUUGCACACACAUCUGGGCUGUGCGAUAUGGCGCUGAACACACUUUCGUACGGGUCAGAGGCCUUUGUGCUUAUGUCACUCGUAAAUGAAGGGUUCCUGGAAACAAUAUGCAAACAAGAAAUUGACAAGGAGGAAAUAUAUAAGAACAUUGUGCAUCUAAUUGCCUUUAUCUUUGAGGUCCACCCCCUUCCAAAGAUGUCAAAGCUUCCUUGUCUUAAAGACAUAAACCCUGCCAUAUUUGAGCGGCUUGCAACAUACUAUCGGGAGUCGGUUGAGGCAAGCAAGGAGUUUAUGCAGAAGAAACAGACGGUCUUGAUGGAUCUUAUUCCAGAGAAAGUGCACUACACGCCAAUAGCCCACUCCUUCUUACUUCUUCCAUAUCUGUACACCAAGAAGAACAGUUAUAUUCUGCGAUACUUUACAGACCAGAAUGUGAAGCAGAUCAUCAAGGAAAAUGGUGUGGGGGAGACUGAGCUAUGGCGCAGACUCAAGAACGUGGAGGAUAUUCUUACGCAACUGGCAGCCUACUACAAGGAGUACGAGCCAACCUCAAUUUGCACACCAUUUGUGCUGGGCACCCUUAUACAGUUCCAAGAAAGAUUUGCAAAGAUGCAUGCAUAA